GCAGAGGAACGAAUCUGCGAGGCUGGGCAGAUCGUGGCUUACAGUUUAGCCGGUUGUCAGGGAGAAACAAGAUGGCAGCGGCGGAGGAAGAUACAGAGCUGAGAGAUCUCCUCGUGCAGACGCUGGAGACGAGCGGGGUGCUCAACAAAAUCAAGGCAGAAUUGCGGGCAGCUGUAUUUUUAGCACUUGAAGAGCAAGAAAAAGUUGAGAAUAAAACUCCUCUGGUAAAUGAAAGUUUGAAAAAGUUUUUAAGCACAAAAGAUGGCCGAUUGGUGGCUAGUCUUGUUGCUGAAUUUCUUCAGUUCUUCAAUCUUGAUUUUACUUUAGCUGUGUUUCAACCUGAAUCAAGCACAUCAAAUGGACUUGAACCUCGAGAAAGUUUAGCUCAGGACUUGGGCAUUUUAGAACCUAAAGCCCCAGUAGAUGGGCCCUUGCUACUGGAAGUGGUCAGAAGAUGUCAGCAGAAAAAAGGCUUUUCUAACAGUGGAGAUGUAGCUCCAGUAAUAUCUGAAAAUGUACAUUCACCUCCAAAAUCAUCAGAUGAAAAAUCUAAUAUACUUUCAGUGCCAAGUAAGAUACCAAGGUAUAAAGGACAUCGUAAACAGAAAAGGUGCUUGAACACAGCUGAGCAGGUUAUUGAAACCAGUCAUAGUGAUACAAGCAUCUUGUCUGGAGAAGCAAAGAGCAAAGACAGCAUUCAUUUCUUACCAAAUGAAAUAAAAGUAAUUUCUGAACCAAACAAAGAAAUAGAUACCAAAGAAAAAAAUAAUCUAGCAACAGAGGAGGAUGCAGAGGGUGAUUCUUUCUUUGAUGACCCAUUACCAAAACCAGAACAGUCAUAUGGUUGGAAAAACGAUUACAACAAAACAGUAAAUGUUGCAUCUCUUUCUGAUUCAUUACCUAUAAAAAGUGGUCUGAAUUCUUUGAGUGGAGUACCUCCAUUAAAGGAGUCUGAAAAUGCAAAUUCAAUUUUGAAAGAUGUAAAGAUGGUGAAUUCUAAACUUGGAUCACUUGAACUGGGAGAGGAAGAUGAAUAUGUUGAUGAUUUCAACAGCACCAGUCAUCGAUCAGAGAAAAGUGAAGUCAGCAUUGGUGAAGAAAUAGAUGAUAUUUCUAUGGAAUUAGAAGACUUCAUUACUAGUGAAAAACUCGAAGACCUCACACAAGACUUCACUGUUUCUCAAUUAAGCGUUGAAGCAGAUUACCUAGAGGAUGUUGCAUGAAUAGAGAGCAGAAAUCUUAAAUGGUGGGACUGUCGACCUUUGUAGACUGUAUUUUAAGACAAUCAAUCUCCUGAAAUAUCCCCUCACAAAUCGUGCCUUCUAUUUCAAGAGAAAAAA